AGCGAAAAUCAUACAAGAUCAAACUGUUCCAUUUUUAUUCCUAUUUUUUUAUUCUCUUUCUCGGCGUUCAUUCUGACGUUUCUCUCCGCGCACGGAAAACACACGACAUACAAAUACGCGAAAAAACUUGAUGUAUUACUGUACUUUUUCUCUGGUCAGUCUACGCACAACAGCUGUUUCAACGGAAAUCGUGCUCGUUGAUAGCGAUUUUAAGGCGAAAAUAACCUCGAAGUGUAUUUUUGCCCCUAGUUAAUACGUCACGUAGUUAAAGGUGGUGGACUUUUAGUGCGUGCAGCCGUUAUACGCGUCCUUUGUUCAUCUUACGCGUCACGCGCGCGCCUUCUGACAGCUCCUGUCACUAUUUCGCGUGACUCCCAUCGUUAGAAUAAAAAGAUUUUUAAGGAUUUAGCAAUCUUUGAGUCAACGCAGUGAGUUCUAUCUCGAUUCCAUCAGAGUGCAAACCAAGGGAACAAGUGACGUGGUAAUAAUAGCAUACGUUAGCCGCAACAAGAAAACUGUGAGAGAAUCGCCAAGACAACAAUCCAAGGAAAAUGUCAGUAUUGAACCAAAGCGGCGAUGAGGCCGUCGAAUGUCCGCUUUGCAUGGAACCCCUCGAAGUCGACGAUCUCAAUUUUUUUCCAUGCACAUGCGGAUAUCAAAUUUGUCGCUUCUGCUGGCACAGAAUUCGUACAGACGAAAAUGGUCUUUGUCCAGCAUGUAGGAAGGCCUAUUCUGAAAACCCUGCUGAUUUCAAGCCCCUUUCGAAAGAAGAAAUAUCCAGGCUAAAAGCGGAAAAAAGGCUGAAGGACCAACAACGAAAACAACGGGUCACAGAGAAUCGUAAACAUCUAGCGAAUGUUCGUGUUGUACAAAAAAAUCUUGUUUUUGUGGUGGGUUUGCCCAUGCGGUUGGCGGAUGCAGACGUACUCAAGAGGCACGAGUAUUUUGGCAAAUUUGGAAAGAUUCACAAAGUCGUGAUAAAUCAAAGUACGUCGUACGCGGGGUCUCAAGGUCCAAGCGCUUCGGCCUACGUUACCUAUCAGCGACAAGAAGACGCGUUACGGGCUAUUGAAGCGGUUAACAACAUCGUAGUUGAUGGAAGAACAAUAAAAACAUCACUCGGCACGACCAAGUAUUGUUCACACUUCAUGAGAAAUCAAUCGUGUCCGAAACCGGAUUGCAUGUAUCUCCAUGAUCUUGGUGAUCAAGAAGCAUCUUUCACGAAAGAAGAGAUGCACCAGGGAAAACAUCAGGAUUACGAGCGGAAGCUGGUACAAUCGUUACACGCUCACGCGUCAUCGACACAACGGAAACCAACACCCUCGCCGCCGGUAACGGGAACAACGGUUCGAGAAAACGGCAUAACAACUUCUCAGAUCAAAGAGGCAUGGCCAUCGUUACAACCUGGUCAAACUAAUAAUCCACAGACCAACAGUAAAGAAUCGUCUCCCCCGACGCAACCAAGUUCGAAUCAGCAAUCCGGUGUGUCGUUAUCAAAUGGUAGCGCGUCAUCGGUAAUGAACCCUAGUGUGUCACCUGUCGCAUUGGUACAGUCGCAACAACAAUCAUCUCAGCAAAACAACAAUAAUAUCAACAAUAACAACAAUAAUAAUAAGGGUGAGCUUAGCAAUGUGUCGAAUACGACUCGUCGUGGUAAAAGCAACAGCGAGAGUAAGGCACAAGCGGCGAGGAAUAAGCACAAAAAUAAUCAGAAUAAGGAGAAACACGGAGCGCAAAAUUCAACGGUAAGUGGUAGUGGUGGGGUGGGAACAACGACGCGUACGACAUCGAGAUCGGAAUCGUCGAGCACAUCGUCAUCGCAGAGUUCGGUCGUAACACAAUCCAUCGGUCAACAACGGGGUGACAUUCGAGGUUUCUUGGAGAGUGAUGCAAGCUUAACGAAAGACAUGCAAUCUAGGCAAAAUGGAAGUUUUAAAUUAGAUGAAAAUUCCUCCAAUGAUUUGGAUAAUGCGAAGCAAGAAAGUCAACAACAGGAGUUGUUGAAGAACGUACAAUUAGAUAUCGAAGUUGAUGAUAAAAUUGAUGAAGCAACUAGAAACGUUAAUGGUACGAGUGAUCGGAAAACGAAUGGCGAAAGAAGCCGAUCGGAGAGCGAAAGUGAUAAUCAAAGAGAAGGCAGCACACCAGCCAGCACUGUUUCAAGUAACGAGGAAUCUUCGAGCUCAAGCGGCAAUCAACAAACCGAAAGGAGACUAGUACCCAGUAUCGAGGAACAUCGACGACAGCAACUUAGUGUCGAAAAUUCUAUCGCUCUUUUAGGCUCACCGCAAGGAGUUAACACAAACGGGGGAGGUGUUAGUUCGCGGCAAACACCACCACCUGGUCUUCAUGGAUGUUCAACGAAUAUCACCAACGGCAAUUUAACUCAAUCGAUGCAGCUCAAUCAUCGUUCCAUCUUCCAGACGGAUAAUAAUAGUUUCUUCAGUUCCAAUAGUUUUCAAAAAGUUUCAACAAUUGUGACAAUGCCACCAAACUCGCAAACAGCGAACGCAAAUCUCGACUGGACGAAUACGUGCCUGGCGCCAAUACCUGAUUCGUUACCUUCGGUGCACUCGAGUGAGGAUUGGCAAGCGGCUUUCGGCUUCCAGCCCGAAAAAUGUCGUAUUACGCCAAAUCAUCACGGUAAAAAGCCGAAUUCCCCCGUACCGCAGAACAUGCCCUUCACACCUGAGGAUUUCAUCGACGAUGAGGAUUAUAUGAAUUCACAGUACGAGAUCGGCCCCAACAAAGGAUCUCGAGUGUUUGAUCCCAGUCACCUAGUUCAUUCGCCUGCCUCCAAAUUCAUGGCGGACUUCCAGCAAAAUUCAUUGCAGCGGAGGUUAGCUAUGCAGUCGCAGCAGAAUCAAGAAAACUGUGAAUACAUAAAACAAAAUGGCCAUGGAGCUGUGGACGGUCCUACCAGUGGUUUUGGAAAACAAUCCCACGAUCCGGCUACCGUUAAUAAUAGCGUGAAUUCGGAUAUCAAGCCUGAGGACGACCUCGGGUUCGAUCCCUUCCACGAGACACAGAAGGCUCUGGCUGAACUCAUGGAGAACGAGAUGCAGUUGCAGCAACAGAGACUGUUUCAGCAGCAGCAGCAGCAGCAGCAACAACAGCAGCAGCAACAACAUCAUCAACAUCAACAGCAGCAGCAACAGAGGGAACGAGAGGAACAUAACAGGGUUCAGCAACAAGGUCUCGCUGCAUUGGGACCUCAACACUUUACUCAGGUUCAUCUGGCACAUCUUCAGCAACAGGCGACACACUUGCAGAACUUACACGUUCUUCAUCAGUCGCACAGUCUGCUCUCUCGUCUUCCACAGAAUCUGAUGCAGCAGCAACAACAAGGCGGGGCGGGUCAGAACGGUCAGCAAACUUCGAUGACAACAAACAGCCUCGGUCCACGCACCCGACUUCCUCCACCUGGGUUUCCGGGCUCGACACCUAAUCAUAUGAAUUCCUUUGGGCUUGGUAUACCAAGACCCGCGCCUACGAAUAAUGCUCUCGCCGUAGCACAGUCAUCACAGCAAGUACCGUAUCUUCCGAACGGCAAUCCUCUUCUCACUUCCCAAGGAGCGAACAAAUGUUCUGCCGACGGAGUCUAUAGUCUGAAAGACUGGUGCGAAAUAAAUGGCCAGCCACAGCACCAGCAUCAACACCAGCAACAGCAACAACAAUUUCAUCAUCAAUCGCUGCAUCAGAAGGGAGGAUGGAAUAAUUUUGGGCCUAUUGCCGAUUGGACCUCGAUUGAUCCGGCAAUCGUGAGCUCAUCGAGACCGCUCUCGUUCCAAGCAACGUCGACAUGGCAAUUCUCACGAGCUCACCCGUCUCACCCUGUGCCACACAAUGCGCAACAGGAACAAAACGCACCUGCUCAGCACUGGGCAAUGCAGCCACCGCCGGGUUUCGGCGGACCUAGCAUUACAGCUCAAAUGAACAGUCAACAGGGAAAUACAACAGCACAGCCGCACGCUAAUACUAAACUUAUCUCUGCAGGUUCGGAAAUCGAAAAUAUGUAAAAGAAGAGUGAGGAACAGCAAAUUAGAAAAGGGGAGAGAGAGGGCAUAUGAAACGACACGUGGAAUAAUAUCGAGCUGAAACGAUGACUCCGGUACUUCUGUGUAUAUGUGUGUAGUAACGACGAUUUACAGGGAAAAAAUUUCUUGCAGAUUUUGUCGUGAAAACAUUGUUACAACACAAAACUAUUCGAUGUGUCUACUUCUUUUUAAGUAGUUAUUGAAGAGAAAACAAAAAAAAGCCGUACAACAACAUGAAAUGUUUAUCCACAAAAACUUAUCUAGAAUUAUUCGACGUUGUUAAAUUUUUGUUGGAUGAAUUUUUAUUGUACGCUUCGCAAUCUGGGAAUUUUCGAAUUAUUUCCCCAAAUCAAUUCGUCAUUUGUUUUUCGUACAAGUAUAUUUUGCGAAAAACAAAAUUAUCGCUGCAUUAAAGACAGUGAGUCAAAUCGUAUCAUGAACUUUUGAUAGUUGCGCGUUUUUUUUCUUUUCUCUACAUAAAAUAUUUUUCGAAAUAUUCGUUAUCAAUUAAAUUCAUCCAUUUCUUCGGAAGCAACGAUACACCCUCUUCGUUGCUUUUGAAAUUGCUUUUCCAUGGGCUAGAAUAUUCUCGUUUUAUCUAAUACGCGUUGGGGGCGUUCGCCAACAUUUACGUGGGCGUCGACAAAAAGGAAAAAAAAACAGAUAAUUUAUUUUAUCACCUCUUUUACGCGAUAGAUUACAAAGAAUGUUGCAAUUGUAAAUACACGCUUGUACCGGUAAAUUUUUUCAAGAGUUCAUACACGUGUCAUAAAAUUCAUAAAUUUUUAGAUCAACCGCGAAGCUUCAAGAAUAUUUGCGAAUUGAAAUAGUAAAAGAAAAUACAAGUAAUGCUCGCUCUUUCUCGGGGGAGGGGGCUUUUCAAACAACGUUUAUCGAAGUUUGUGUUGGCCGAAGAGCUGUGCAAGGAAGGACCUAAUACAAUUGAAACGACGAUGAGACGAGUGCUAAAAGAAUAACGAGAGAUUAUAGUGAAACGGAGAAAAAAACGAAAAAUAUUAACGAUAAUUAAACAAAAUAAAAUAUUAAAAAAGAAAACAUAGGUAAAACGGACUACUGAGAAAAAAGAAAUAAAGAGAAGAGGCGAUUGGGGUGCUGCGUCCAAAUCAAUGAAGAAAAAAUUAAAGGCACGUUGUUUUCGGAGAACAACUGUGCGACGGUGAAUUAUUAUUGAUUAAUUAAGUAAUUAUUAUUAUUAUUAAUUAUACAUACACACGCUGCUGCCUCGAAGCGAAUUACAAAGCAGGACACGAGAGCGCGCCCGCGCAUACACACUAACACAAACAUACACAUACACAAACCGCGUAAUCGCAACGAGAAUGAGCAUACGAUAAUGAUAAAAAGCUAAAAAAAAAAAACAGAAGAAUCAUAUGACGGUGUUCGAAGAAAUAUACGAUAUGCGAAAGAAAGUAUUUAUCCAUUUUCAAAUAUUGUUGUUUUCUUUUGUUUUGUAGAUUUUCUUGUUCUGAUUACACUUAAAAUUAAAAUCUUUUUUCAUUUUUUUUUUAUUCUUCAACCGAAGAAAUACAAAGGCCUGGAAUCUAGUGGUCCGGAAGCAUCGAGAUCAGAUGAUAAUCUUGUAUAAAAAGGUUGCAGUAAUAUACACUAUGCGAUGCA